UUUAACUUAUACUUUAACAUAUUUAAUAUGUAUUGGUCAACUUGCCAUCUGGGGGAAGGGUGUGGGGAAGGAGGAAAAAAGUUGGAACAAAAGAAUUUACAACUGUCAAUGCUGAAAAAUUACCUAUGCAUAUAUAAUAAAAAUUUUUUUUUAAAGAAUUAAAUCUUAGAUGGCAGAGAAUAGAAAGGUCUUUGAACUCUUCCUGGCUUCCCACAAAUCAACACCAGAUCAAGCCUCUGAACAGGUUUUGAAGUGACAGAGAGAUUUGCAGGCCAGUGCAGGUGCAGCCCAGCCCAGCGCAGUGCGGUGCAGGAAGACUCAAGACAGAAAGGGUUCUACCGGUUAAGGGAAUCUAGUGGGAGGCUCUUAGCCAAAACACAGCAUCAUUGGCUACUCUGCCCUGGUUCAGAAGCCAGUGGAUCAGCAAAUUAGCUGUGAGACUUCCAAAGCAACUACAGAAGGCAAAUAGUGAACCCCUGAUUCCUAGCACACCGGCCCUAGAAUAGCAUGAAGCCAUUGUUGUCUAGAGAGGAACCUUGAGAAAAAUCUCCCUUUUGCUCUAAGAGCAGACCUCAACUUUUAAAAAUGAGCAAAAAAGCAAAAAAGAGCUCUAUAGAACUUUAUAAGUUUUAUAGAACAGACCUCAAACCCUGAGGACACUAAAAGAAAAACAUCUCCAGAUGCAUCGUCAAAGGGUGAUAUAAGUUGGUCUCCAUCUUACAAGACUUUUUUGGAAGAAUUAAAAAAGAGAAGGAAAAUGGGAAAACUAAAUGAGAGCUCUAGAAAGGAAACAAAUUUUCUGAAGAAAAUCACUCCUUAAAUAAUUUUUUGGCAAAAUGGAAAAAGAAACCAACUCAUUGAAAAACAGUUUCUGAAGUGGAAAAAAAAUCCAUCGAACAGAACAACUCAUUUAAAAGUUCAAUUGGCCAAAUGCAAAAGGAGAUUUUUUAAAAAGCUAACUGAAGCAAAUAAUUCACUAAAAAAUUAGAAUUGAACAAAUGGAAGCAAAUUACUCAAUGAGACAUCAAGAAUCAAACAAAAAUCAAAAAAAAAAAAAAAAAAAGAAAAGAAAAGAAAAGAAAAAAAUAGAAGAAAAUAUAAAAUACCUCAUCAGAAAAACAACUGCCCUGGAAAAUAGAUCCAGAAGAGAAAGUCUUAAAGAUUAUUGGACUACCUGAAAACUACAAUGAAAAAAAGAGCCCUAGACAACAUCUUUCAAGAAAUUGUCAAGGAAAACCAGACCUAGCAGCUUCCAUUUAAAAGGAUUAAAGUGCUUGGAAUAUGAUAUUCUGUAGACUGCAGCGAAGAAUCAGCUAUCCAGCAAAAUUAAGCUUUAUCUUUCAGGGGGAAAGAUGAACAUUCAAUGAAAAAGGGGAUUUUAAUUUAUUUUUGAUGAAAAAACUAGAGCUGAACAAGAAUUAAAUCUUGGCAAAAUAUUUGAGAAACAAAGCUGCAGCAAAAUUACAGGAUGCAACUUGGGCAAAGCCCUACCAGAAACACCUUAGAUUCAUUACAUGUUAGAUUUUGAGUUAAUUUUUGGUCGUUGCACAUUCAGAAUUGUUGCCAAAGUUUUUGCAACCUCUAUGUUGACCCUAUAUGGGGUCAUGACCUAGAGUUUAAUAAGCUUUGAUUUAGAUGGUUAUAAUAGAUUAGUUACUUCACACUCAAUUUCUCUUCAAUUCCCUUUUCCAUAGCUGCCAAAAGGCACUUCUCCUAAUGAUCAUGGUACCUCUCUCUGAACAGUUCUGUGACCCUUUAUUGAUAUAAUGUUUUCCAUUUAAUUAUGUUUUACAUGAUAAAAGUUAUUUAUUUUUAUUCAUUACCCAAGCUUUAUUGCUUUCUUAAAUUCAAAAUAAUGAGUUCUUAGACAGUCUAAAUGCUGAUUUAUUAGAUCCAGCUUUUCAAUUUAUUUUUAACAUUAUUCCUUUUCAUGUAUUCUCUUAUGGUUUAGCUAAAUCAAUUCAAUCUUGGUAUUUCCUUUUCUGCUUUUGUAUAUUUGUCCUCGCUGAGCCAACCCUAGAGAAAUCUUUUUAAAAUACUUAUUCUUUCAAGAACUAAUGGCACCUUCUAAUGCUAUAAAUGAAGCCUAUCUUAAUUCCUUUGGCUGAAAGCAGGCCCCUAAAUUUUCUGGAUAUCAUCUUUGCUUACUCCCUUUCUAAUUUGUGCUGAACAUAACUAUUUUAUUUUGUUCCAUUAUAACAUCUUUGAUAUUAAAAGAGAAUGCCAUUUUUAAAUUUUUGUAUUAUCCCUAAUUUAUAAUAUGGUGACUCUAGCACAUAGGAGUUGACAAAUAAAGUUGUUCAAUAGAAUUGGAUUUGAAUUGAAUUGUUUAAUUGAAUUGAAUUUGUACCCUGCAUAUAACUUCAUUGGGGCAGUCUUUCUACAUUCAUAUGGAUUAGGUUUUAGAAAAUCAAUUUAUAAAACAAUUUUAUUCUGAACUGAUGUCAUCGUAUUCUGUUGACUCUGUCAUCACAUUCUGUGCUGUUGCUAUGUUCACUCUUUAUGCUUCUUUAUUACUAUGUGAUUUUGCCCUACUUGUAAAGAAUUUCUUAAACAUAGUUAAUCAAAUAUGGUGGCAUAGGAAAGGAGUCUAAUAUAGUUUCAGUUUCUUUAAGACUAUCAGUAUGGGAAAAUGCUUAAGCUGCUGUUUUUCAGCCAGGGAAUCCAGGAAAGACAUUAAUCAAGAACAAGUUGCUUCUGGUCUCCGUCAACAUGAAGCUGUCCUUGAUCCUCAGGACAAUAGAUUAUUUAUUUCUUGUAAAGUUACCAGCAGGUCUCUAAAAAAAAGACUCAAGUCUUCUCGUAAGGAAAAAAAUGGUAAUUUAGAAAAGUCUUGUGUAGCUGACUUACCUCCUCCUACAGGUAGAGGUUUAUUUAGCAGUCAAAAACAUUUUGCAUCAGCUUUCCAUCCGAAAACUGAAUCCAGACGUUUUCAAAAAAGAGAAGCUUCUUUGGGAAUAAAAAGAGUUUUAAAUUAUUUUCAACCAACAACUAUUACUACUAUUGAUGAAAAAAGUGAAAAUUUUAUUCCUGUUCCAGUAAAGACAACUCUCUCUAUACCUCUAAAAAGUAGUGAAAUUUUACUUUCUUCUAUCGCUCAACUAGAUGGAAUUACUUCUGAAGAUGAACUUAGAGCACUGACUCAAUUCCACCCAAUUGAUGAAAUAACCCCUCAUUUGGAUCACAGUGAAAUUUUGCCUAAAAUUUAUCAAGAUGAAGCUAGUACAAGCCACCCUCAGAUUUUAACUGAAACUGAAACCAGUACCAGUCAGAAAAAUCCUACCAAACCUAGCCAUCGAGGUGUAGUUAACCGGAAUCACCCUAAGAGCACAGCUAGCAUCAUCUUCACCAUGGUUGGGUUGUAUUCUUUUUUUGGGAAACAUAAAGAGACCAAUGGCAUUUCUCAAAAAGAAGAGUCAUUUGAGGAACCUCAAGAUAACAUCAAAUUAAAUACUCAAGAUAAAAUUCAAGAUUCAUUAGACUCAAGUGGCAAUCGGGGGGGAAAUGCACUUCAUUCCUCUCAAGCUACAAAGAACAAAGGUCACCAUUCAAGUGUGAUUAAUAAAUUCAUAUCCAAAAGUACACUGUCCUCUUUGUUCAAGAAAAAGGAAAAGAGAAGUGGCAACUUGAAAAAUCAAAGUACUUCAGUAUCCCAUGGUGAUGAUGAAGUAAAUCCAACAUCUUCUAGGAACAGGUAUGUUACAGCUCAGAGCGACACUGAAAAGGGGCAUUUAUUUGGCCAUAAGGCAAGUAAAAAAACAAGACGAUUGAGCUUACCUAUUCUUAUUGAGAUGGUUGAUGACUUACAUUUAAAAAGUGAUUCUGAUAAGCAGAAAGGUUUCGAACUCCUGUGCAACCAUAAAAAUAAGUAUAAAGAUGAAACUGAGUUUAUGUGGAGAUUAGUUAGAGCUUAUGGAGAUAUGUGUGAACUAUCCACAAAUAUGGGAGAAAAGAAAAAAUAUGCUUCUGAUGGAAAAGACCUAGGUGAAAGAGCAGUUUCUCAGGCUCCUAAGAAUGGGUACUGUCACCUGUGGUAUGGUAAUUUAUGUGGCUUGUUUGCUGAGUGUGGGGGAUUACAAAAUAGAGUCAAAUAUGGCCAUCUAUUUAAGGAACAUCUUGAUAAAGCAAUAGAAUUAAUACCUGAUGAGCCCCUAUUGUAUUACCUCAAUGGAAGAUAUUGUUAUUCUAUUUUCAAAUUGAAUUGGAUGGAGAAGAAAAUGGCCUCUACUCUUUUUGGGGUGGUACCAACUUCAAGUAUAGAGGAUGCUCUGAGUAAUUUCCUGAAGGCAGAAGAGUUAAAACCUGGAUUUUCCAAGUUCAACUAUGUAUAUUUGGCAAAGUGCUACAAAGAACUUGGAGAUAAAGCAAAGGCUUUGACGUAUUGUGAUGCUGCUUUGCUAGUUUCUUCUGAUAGCACAAAGGAUCAUCAUGCACAGGCGGAGUUGGAAAAAGUAAUCCUUUCUUUAAAGCAGAUUUAAAAAUACUUCAGCAAAUCAGAUGCAACAACUUUAAAAUACAAAUGAUGAAAAUUCAAGUGGCCAACUAUGCAAUCUUUAAUAUCACAUUAUGUAUUUCUGUUUUGAUUUGGGGGAGUGUGAUGUAGAUUUAGAGGGUGAACUUUCCACCCUGGGGGGUGAAGAAAUAUGUUUUCUAAAUGCAUUCCAUGACUGGCAGAGUCACAAAGCUAAUCAUGUUACUGAAAGACCCUUUGAGAUCUAUAGUAUCAAUACCAAAUUAUUUCUAAAAUAUUGUCUUUGUAUAUAUAUGAUGUCCUAUUUCCUAUUGACUAAUCAGUACUGAUAUAUUCUUCAGACCUUUCUCCAAAACAAAAACAAAACAAAACAAAAAACAAUAAAAGGAAAUAAUUUUGUUGAAUAUAAUUGAAAUUCCAUUGUUUCAACAUAAAAUUUUUUCAGUUGUGUUUUGGCAUGGUGGAUAGAGUGUCAGACUUGGACUUAAGAAGUCUCAUCUUCUUAAGUUGAAAUCUGGCAUUGGCCCCAGCUGUGUGACCCUGGGCAAGUCACUUUAACCCUGUUUGCUUCCAUUUCCUUAUCUGUAAAAUGAGCUGGAAAAGGAAAUGGCAAACCAUUUCAGUGUCUUUGUCUAGAAAAUCCUAAAAGGGGUCAUGAAGAAUUGGAUGAAACUGAAAAAUGAACAACAAUGAUAUUCCAUUGUAUUCAUCUAAAUUUGUUUAGUUUUCCCCAGCUGAUAGAGUUUUAUGAGUUCUUUGCUAACAUAAAAAGUUUUGCUGAAUGUGGAACCUUUUUUCUUACCAAUUACCUUCUUGGGGUACAUGCCUAAUAAUUGAAUUCUGAUGUCAAAGGAUAUGGUCAGUCUUCCCUUAUGUUGUAAUUAACUCAGUUACUCUAGGGAAGAAUCUUUUCCAUGCUUAUCAAGUCUUUGCUUUUAGAAACUGGUUAGCCCUUCAAUAAUAAUGGAGUAAAAAGACUCUUCAGUGGUUGGGUAUUAUUUGGAAUUUUAUAGUUAAAGAUUAAUAAGGAUGUUUCCUUCAAAUUAGACCCAAGAAUUUCGAAUUAAGAUACUAUGCUGAUAUUUUUGUAAUAGUCUAAAGAAAGAAUGGGGCAGAGAUGGAAGAAGGGAGAAAAAUUAAAUUGCCAGUAUCAAAAAGAAAAAGAAUGCAUGUAAUGAUUGAAGAUGCAAUCAAGGAAAUUAAAAACUGGCUCAUUUAUAAACUGGUUAUUUAGAUGGAAUCUAUGACUAUUCUCAAAAACAAAAUAUCCAUAUUGAUAGAAUGAGAAAUAGAGAAUUCCAAGAACAACUUUGGGAAAAUAAAUGAACUAGGAAAAAACUUCAAAGGAAAUAAAAAAGGGACAAGACAAGUUAAUUCUAUUAAACAUUUAAAAGAGUUGAUUCCAAUAUUACAUAAACUUUUUGGAAAUAGGAAAAGGAAAUACUAGUAAAUUCCUUCUAUGUGAUAUAAACAUUUGGUGCCAAACCUGCAAAGAGACAUAGUCAAGAAAUAAAAAUAUAAACCAAUAUAUUAAAUGUUGACAUCAAAAAUUAAAGAUUAACAAAUAGUUUACAGCAACAUAUUUUUUUUUAAUUAUUUGCUAUCAGUAAGUUGGAUUUAUAUCAGGAAUGCCGGGUUGGUUAAAGACAAAAGUAUAAGCAUAAUAGAACAUAAUGACAAAAAUAUGAUAGCUCAAUAUGUUUUAAAAGCUUGAAAAUUUCAGUACUCAUUUCAUUAAAACCACUUUAAAAAGCAUAAGAAUAAAUAGAUGUUUUUUAAUGCGGUGUAGAUAGUACCUAUCCCAAGCUAGGAGCCAUUAUUAUAUAUAAUGGAGACAAAUCAGAUUCUUUUCCUAGAGUCUAGGGAAGAGGAAGGGGGGUUAUAAAACUGGAAUUUCCAUUGUCAGUUAUUUGAUAUAGUUCUAGAAAUGAUAGCUACAGCAAUAAAACCAAAAAACAUCAUUAAGCAUAACAAUCCCCCACCCCAUGUGUGCCAGGGCAAUUCUCCAAAGGUUUGCAUAUGUGAAGGGAGAUAUGAUUCUAAAUUAACUGAAUUUAUGGCACUAGGAAGGAGAUGAUGUGACUUGGGUUAACCAAAAGACUAUAAAGGAGAAGAAAAGGCUUGAACUUACAAAUAGCAAAUAACAGAUCUCUCCAGAGCUAUAAGCAUGUAGGGAAAGCUAGCCCCAAUAUUCCUUGAUAUCUGACUGCUGCGUGCUCCUCAUCGCCAAGACUGUUAGGAGUAGAUAUCUUGGGUGAGAAUGUCCUUUUAUCAGUUAAGCUGAGAUUGCAAAUUCCUAUUUACUAUUGAGUAUUCUGUUGUCUAAACUGAUCUGUGUAAUUUAUUCCACUUCUGCUUGGAAAUUUUACAAAUUUUAUAGCUUACUUGGGUAAAUGAUUACUUACUAUCCAUGAUUGUUUUAUGUGUACUAAGGAUCUGAAGGUAUAGUGUUGGCCUGGAUGCUGUAUAAUAGAUUCAAUAAGUGAUCAUUAUAGGGGCCAGCCCUUGGGAUGAAAGUGAUAGAGAAAAUAAUGGACCAUUUCUUCAUAACACUUGUAUCUACCAAGUUUUAAUAAAAGCAGACUGAAGUAAUAAAUGGGAGAGGCAAAAAAGGACUCAAGUGUGUUAUACUUGAACAUGCAACCAUUCUUCAAUUCAUGAGAACCCAACUUUAUAAGGCCAGAAGUAAAAACAAAAGAGAAAAUAGAAGACUGAUAAUGUGGCCUGCCUGUUUGCCUGGGUCCCUCUAUUUCUGGCAUUUCAACUUCUAUCCAUUCCUCAAGGUCAUAUGAGCUUUUUGCAUUAUGGAGCACGUGCACUAAAUACCAAGCUACAUUACAAAAAGUAUAAGCAUAGUCAAAGAAGAAAUAAAAUUAUUGCUUUUCACAGUUAGCAUUUUGGUCUAUAUAAAGAAUCCAAGAGUCAAUGAAAAAUUAAUUGAAUGACAACUUCAGAAGCAUGCUACUUACUUCCUGAUAAAGUGGUGAUGGAGUAGAGGUGCAGAAAAGGAUAUAUUUUAUGACCAAUGGGGGGAGAUGUGUUUUAACUAUGAAAAUUUAUCAUGAGAGAGUUGUUUUUGAGGAGAGGAUAAAAGGGACAAAUGAUGAUGUCCAAAAAAAGGCAAAGGAAACAAGAGUCACUAAAGAGUUUUAAAAGACAGCAAAAAAGAAGAAAAUAGAAAAGCAAUAGAAAAAUAAGACAGCUUAGAAAGUUGCAUAUUGAAGCUUUUAUAUAUUUACAAGGAAAAUCCAGCUGUAUAUAGUCGAUUUUCAUAUAUAAUCUUGUUUCUUUACCAAUAGGUAGAAAUGCUUGUUUUAUUUUAUUAUUUCAUGCAUAAUCUUGUUUCUACCACUUUGAAGGUGGAAAUGUUCUUUUUUUGGGGGGGCGAGGGGCUGAGGCAAUUGGGGUUAAGUGACUUGCCCAAGGUCACACAGCCAGAAGGUGUUUAAUGUCCUGACUUCAGGGCUGGUGCUUUAUCCACUACACCAACUAGCUGCCAGGGAAAUGUUCUUUUUAGUUGGUGUUAGUGAAAUUCAGAAUAAUUCAAUGAGUUCUGACAAUUUACUUAGGCGCCACCUAUCCCUGCCCCCACCCUACCCACAGAAGUUCCUCCUAAUGUGUUUAAUUCAUUGAGAAACUUUUGAUAACUUUUGGGCUCAUGCCCAACCAAUUGCUGAGAAAGAGAUAGGAAUAAUAUAAGGCUGUUUGAACUAAGGUAAGUUUAGAAUAACACAGUACUUUUGGAAAACUAUUGUUUUAUCACUGAUACUAAAAUCUGACAAAAUCCCACAGAAUUUGUAAAUUUUCCUUCAGUUUACACUUGCCUAUUAUUUCUCUUCAGGUCCAAGAAAAGUGUUGUCAAAGAAUAUUCACUCUCCCAAGAAUGGUUGAUAUGAUAUCCAGAAAUAGUUGUCCUCUUGUUCCCUUACCUACAACAGUGAGCAAAUUUAAGGUAGAAAAUUCCACCAUGAAAAGUACACUUCUGCCCCACCACCAUCAACUAAAGAGCUCUGCCAAGCAAGAUUCCUGGGAUAUACUCAGAAUGUUGGCCAGAGAUCCCUGUAGGAAAGGUCAGUUCUAGAGGACAGCCUUGAGCAACCCACAGCAGGUCUAGGAUUUCCAAGUUCUUCUCAAAAUUGAAGUAAUUUGACACCUUAAGGACUUUUAUAGAAUUUCAGAAAUUGGCACAGUGGAAAGAACACUGGAUUUGUACUUAGCUCACUUUGGGCAAGGUCUUUGAGUCUCAGAAUCCUCAUCUAUGAGAUGAGAGGGUUAGACUAAACCUUUCCGCCCAUUUCUAAAGUUUUGAUUCUAUGAUCAUUAAGAAGAAAGCUUAAAAACUACCUCUGCAUGAGGAUACUUUCUACAAUAUCCUGAGCAAAAUUCUAAAUUAUCUAGUUUUCACUUGAAGAACACCUAUUCUGCAUUGCUGUAGUAUAAGGAUGUGCUUAGAGCUAAUUCAUAUUGGCUCCUGGGAGCUGAUCAUUAAAUUUUCAUUGUGAGCAUUUAUAACUUAGAAAUCAGCAAAUACUUCAAAUCAUAAUUUUGUUUUGUUUUGUUUUUUUUUUUUUUGGGGGGGUUGGUCUAGUCUUAGGAAGUGAUAGAGAAAAUGUGAUGAGUUUUCAGAGUAAAUUUUUAAACAUUUACUAUCAACCCACUAGAUCUAUGUAUUCCAGUAGGUCAAUGUCCUUCCUAAACAGUAAAGACUAGUACCAAGGAAUACAGUUAUUGAGAUAUGAUGAAAGACAGUGUGUAUGACAAGGCAAUUAUUUUCAUAUCUCUUUCAAUCACAUUAGUUGGGGGAGAGGGUUAUUGUUGGCUUUUUGUUUUGUUUUUUUUACCGUACAUUCAUUAGCAUUAGCUUUGAAAGGGACUUUAGAGGCUGUAUAUUCCACCCCACAACCUCUAUCAUAUAAUAUAUCUAAUAAGAGUGUCUUGAAGCCCUCCAGGGGAACUCACUAUCCUUCAAGUCUUUCAAGACUCCUAUUCUCCUUUGAGAUAGCUCUAGAUGUUUAUUGGGAUUUGUUGUUCAGUCAUUUCAAUUGUAUCCAACCAUUCAUGACCCCGUUUAGGUUUUCUUGGCAAAGAUAAUAGAAUGGCCUACCAUUUCCUUCUUGAACUCAUCUUACAAAUGAGGAAACUGCCAGAUGAGACAAACAUGGUUAAGUGAAAUGUCUGAGACCCGAAUUGGGCUCAUGAAGAUGUGUCUUCCUGAUUCCAGGCCCAGGACUCUACCCCUGUGCCACUUAGCAGCCUUUUAUUGGGAUUACCUGACACCAAUUCUAAACUAUCCUUUCUGCCCCUCCUAUCUACUCCAGGUUCUUUUACUGUUGCCCUGAUUAUCUUGAAUACAACUCUGCCUCACCUUUUCUGAUCAAAAUAAUAGUGUCUGGCAGACAUAACAGAAAUGAUGGAUUGCUGAGCUCUAUCCUUUGUCUUCUUGAUAUGUCUAAAUGAUAAUUAAAUCCUUCAAAAGUCAGAAGAGCCUAUAAAGAAACCUUUUAUUCUAAACCAAUUGUUAUAAAUGAAGAUGAAUUAGGGACUGGAAUAGAAAUGAUGGGGACUGAAAAGAAGAGAGCAGAAGGGGCCAGUUCUUAGGAAUCAUUUUGGGAGUAUGUGUCACCUCUGCCCAAAAGAUGACUUUAAAAAUUUUAAGACACUCAGAUUUUGUUCUUUGAUAUUUACUUCUAACUAUAUUCCCAAAAUCUAUCUGUCUUUCAUGAAGGCUUUGUCUACAAUUGGUAACACAAAACACCACCAGGCUCUUAUUUCCUUGCCAAGUUAAAUUGCAUUGAGUUGUAGUCCACAAAAACCCUCAGAUCCCUUUUGUUUAAAAAAUAUCUAGACACACUUCUGUACUAUUAAGGUCGAUUUUUCUUUUAAUCCAACUGUCAGAUUUUACCUUUAUGUGAUCACUAUUAAAUUUCAUGCCCUACCCAGAGGAAUUUAAUCCCCUCAGCUUUGGGAUUCUGCUCUGAUUGGUAGGUAAGUGAAAAGUACAUUUUGUCCCAGACCAUGCUUCACAUCUCCACCAGCCUUCCACCAGGACACCAAUGGCUACAAAGUACAGGCAUCUUGCCAUCUACUUCUGACACCUGUAUAUAUAUCACUUCCAACCUCCAACCCCCACCCCACACACUUUCCACUUUUUUGCUUCAUGGCUCCAUUCAUAAUCCUGUCUUCUAAUGUCUUCAACCAAAACUCUCUUCCCUGACCAUCUCUCCCAUAUAUGUAUUUCUCUUAAGAUAUUAUCAAUUCCUUGAGGUUAGCCUUCCUUUUGCCUUUGUAUCCUCAGUACCUACCAUGUUUCCCCUAUAAUAAGAUACUGUCGUAUUAUUUUUUUGGACAGAAAAACACCAGAGGGCUUAUUUUCAGGGGAGGGCUUAUUUUAAUGAACAUUGACAGCAAUUUUAAUAAACAGGUAAAUGUGAACAAAAAAAAAUACCUUUAUUCAAUAAUGAUCAUGUCAUCUUCAACAACAUCAUAAGUGUCCAUACCCUGAAUUCCGUCCUGGAUGUCUUGCACCUCUAUUUCCUUCAGAAGAAGUGGACCCACUCUGUCAUGUCCAGCAAUAUAGCUCUCUUUAAAUGAA